GCAGGGUGCAGGGAGGGAGAAGGGCUGGGAGAGGAGGCCCCUGACCCCCCCCUCCGAGUCUCCCCCCAGAUGGAGGGGAGGUCUCUCGUAUGCCUGUUGUGCAGCGGGCUUGAUUCUGUCUGUCCCCUGUGGCCGGAGACCUGACCUGGGGGUCCUGGAGCAUGGAGGGGGGGCUCUGUCCCUCCAGGGACCCAGCCACUCCCGACCCCCACUCUUUCAUCUUCAGUUAGGCUGUCUGUCUCCACUCUCUCCACCUCCCAUGACCUCAGCCACCACUUUACUCCAAAAUUAUCUCGCCGCCGUGCUCAUUGCCCUCUGUGGUCGCUUGAUAAAAAUAGCCAAUCCCACAUCCUUCUCCUGGGGGCCGGCUCUGAGCUCCACCGAUGGGCCACUUUCCAGCCCCUAGGGCAGCUGUGUCCCUGCCUCUGUCACCUCCUCACUGAGACCUCUCUGCAAUCUUUCUCGGACCCCCCUUCCAUGCGGCCUCAUGCUGUUCCCUGCACCGACAGCCCCGGCCCAAGGUGCUCAGAAAUGUGCCUGGGAUUUUGGUUCGAUUCAGGCAGGUACGGUGAGGCCAGGAGCCGGUUGCCAUGGAGAAGACAGUCUGUGACUUACAGUCUCUGAGAGAAGGGGACACGCCACACAUGCGGGGUCACACCGUGCGGGGUCACACCGUGCGGGGCCACACGAGGAAGCACUGGGGUUGUUGAUCCAGAGGCGGAAGAAACUAGAGCAAGCUGUGCCCAGAGCCUCUCUUGUGUUUUCUGUGGGAAAGGCCAGGCAGGGGGCAAACAGCUUGGGCCUGGCCAGCUCAGAGGAUUUCCACAGACUCCAGGCUGCAGGGGUGGUGGGUUCCUAGGUCCCUAGCGGCCUGCUUCUGGCCCUGGGGUGAUUUAGGGCAGGGGAGAGAUUGACUGGGAGCAGGAGAGUUAGACAGGGGGGUUGGGGGGCGAGUUCGGGACUGGCUGGUUUGCACAUAUGAAAGCCUUGUCCCUGGGGAGUCUUGUUAUCGCUAGGAAUUAGCUACUCCUGGGAGGGGCUGUGUCUUCCCAGCACCCCCCUCAAAGGUCCCCAUGGGACAUCAAAGCCUCAUCAAAUAUGGAAAAGGUACCCCAGGAAUAGUACACAGGGGCUGGCAGUGGAGCAGAGUAGGUCCACAGCCCUGGGCUGCAGAGUUGGGCAGCUCACCUCCCCUUCCUCAGUUUCUCCAUCUGUGAGAUCAACAACUACCCUCCCCUCAUUCAACAAAUGAGUAUGGAAGGGGCAGACACGGUAGCAGCAGGUCUAACAACCGCCACCUGCCAGGGUGCCCGGCAGGCUUACAGAGACAGGGGACAGAUCCUGGCACACUGCGGGCGCCCGGGCGUGGCGGCUGGCCUCUUCCUCCUGUCGCGGCUCUGAGAAGAGGCCGGGAAUGACCGGUGUGGAAGGGGUAGGGUCUGGAGCCAUGUCCCCUGGCCGGUUGGAGCCCUCGAGGCGAGGCCACGGGUGGACAGAACCCUCAGGAAUGUUCUUGGAACUCAGAGGAGCUGCUGGACAAAGGGCGGCACGGAGAGGCCCGCCCGCAGCCGGAGCCCCGGGGAGCGGAGGUGCUGUGCUUGGAGCCAGGCUGCGGGGGUGCCAGGGGCUCGGGGCAGAGCGCCGCACGAGUGACCGCUGAACCCAGGGAUCAGAGACAGCCGGGCACUGACGGGGGAACCUUGGCAGACCAUCAGCCGCUGAGCAGCUGUGGAUAAACACGGACCUUGGGAUCCAGAGAGGGAAGGGAAGCAGACAGCGCCGAACCCCGGAGAUGAACGGCCUUCUCACACUAGCUUGGUUACUGGCUUGUUGUGUGCGUGCUGUGCCGGGAGGCUUGCUGGACCUCAAGUCCAUGAUUGAGAAGGUGACUGGGAAGACCGCCCUGACGAACUACGGCUUCUAUGGCUGCUACUGUGGCUGGGGCGGUCGGGGGACCCCCAAGGAUGGCACCGAUUGGUGCUGUUGGGUGCAUGAUCACUGCUACGGGCGGCUGGAGGAGAAAGGCUGCCACAUCCGGACACAGUCCUACAAAUACAGAUUUGCACGGGGACUGGUCACCUGUGAAUAUGGGCCCCUCUGCCAGAUGCAGCUCUGCACCUGUGACCGGAAGCUCGUCUACUGCCUCAAGAGGAACCUAAGAAGCUACAACCCUCGCUACCAAUACUUCCCCAACAUCCUCUGCUCCUAGUCGCCCUCGGAGCUCUUACUUGACCAGGACUUUUGCCCCCUUCUCUUACAACACGGAGCCCACCGACUCUGCUGGGUUCCUGCGAGAGGCCCCCAGUCUUGGCCACGGGGCUUGGGGGAGCCCCCUGGCCACACUUCACACUCCGCAGAGUUCCAGGAGAGUGACUCUGCUCGUAGGACCUGGUAAGGUCAGGGUCCCUGACCCCGACUCAUGAAGUCGGCCCCUCUGAUGCAGGGAGCUCGCCCCCAGCUCCAGGCCAGCUGUCCGCCCUUGGCCCCAAAGACAGCGCCCCUUCUCCAGGAAGAUGCAUUUACUUUUCAGUUUCAGCAGUCAGAUUAGCCCUAUACCCUCUAGUGAAUUUUUACUCAAGGUAAAAGCAACAUGGACCCCAUAUAGAUAUUAAAUAAAAUCUCUUCUUAAAUAAAACCACAUGGGCACUUGUCUCUGCUCUUGGG